ACAGAGAGUUACAAAACAAAACAACCUCUUUCUCUCCCCUCUCUCUCUCUCUCUCAUAACCUUUCCUAUAAGAGAGAUUGAGAGGUUGAGAAAUGGGUUAUAUUCACUAUAUUCUCUCAUAUUUUUUCCUUAUUCUUAUGGUGGUGGUGAGUGUGAAAGCAAAGGGUUAUGGAGGUUCUUCUCAACAGUGUGAUAUGUUUACAGGAAAAUGGGUGGUGGAUGAAUCAUAUCCGUUGUAUAAACCAACAUCCACGUGUCCAUUUAUAGAAAGAGAGUUCCGGUGUGAAGCAAAUGGUAGACCUGAUCUGAUUUAUACCCAUUAUAGAUGGCAACCACUGUCCUGCAAUUUACUCAGGUUCGACGGACAAGAUUUUCUGGAAAGAAUGAGGGGGAAGAGCAUCAUGUUUGUGGGAGAUUCAUUGAGCAGAAAUCAAUGGCAGUCUUUGACUUGCUUGCUUCAUUCUGCAGUGCCUAAUUCCAGUUACACUGUGGCUAGAGUUGGAGAUGUUUCUAUAUUUACAUUUACGGAGUAUGAGGUCAAAGUGAUGCUUGAUAGGAACGUGUAUUUAGUGGAUGUUGUCCGAGAGGAUAUAGGCAGAGUCUUGAAGCUUGAUUCCAUACAAGGAAGCAAGUUGUGGAAAGGAAUUGAUAUGCUUAUCUUUAACACAUGGCAUUGGUGGUACCGUAGAGGACCCACUCAACCAUGGGAUUAUAUACAAGUGGGAAAUCAAGUUCUGAAAGACAUGGAUAGGAUGAAAGCUUUUGAAAGAGCACUCACUACAUGGGCAAGAUGGGUAGAUGCCAACAUCGACCCUGCAAAAGUAAAGGUCUUCUUUCAAGGGAUUUCACCAUCUCAUUACAAUGGCACCUUAUGGAAUGAACCAAGUGCAAAGAGCUGUAUCCGAGAGAAGACACCGUUGACCGGAUCGACAUAUCCAGGUGGAUUGCCGCCGGCUGUGGGUGUAUUGAAGGGUGUACUAAGCACAAUUAAGAAACCAGUCACAUUGCUUGACAUCACAACCCUAUCACUCCUAAGAAAAGAUGGCCAUCCUUCAAUUUAUGGACUUUUUGGUUCAAAGGGAAUGGAUUGUAGCCAUUGGUGUCUUUCUGGUGUUCCAGAUACUUGGAACCAAAUACUCUACAACCUUAUUUAAACUGAUUUUGAUUUUUUAUGAUUAAUCAAAUUGGGGGGAUUUAGUGGAUUUUUAUAGAUAAAAAUUUAUAUAGAAAAAUUGGGGUGGCUUGAUAUGGAUUUGAUAACUUGACUAUCCUUUUGUACUAUUGGAGUGUGCUCAAAAUUUAAUAGUAAUAAUAAUAAUAAAACUAUUUUGGAUAUUGAGUUUGUGAAAUAAUAUAGUUUGUGCUCUAAAGUCUUUAUAUUGAA